UUGCGAAGAGAGAGCGCUGGUAUUAUAAUCAGCACGUGUCGAGUAAAAAAUCUUAGUACAUGUCAAACAACAAAAUAGCAAGCAAUAUAAAUAAAAUCACUAUUAAAUUUUUUUAGAUAUAUAAAAUUUAAUUAUUCAAGAAUGACGAAAGUUAGAAAACAAAGGCGCAAGAAGCGAUUCCGUACAAAUGUAAACAGAAAAAGGCUAUUUAAAAAAAUGACUAGUAAAGGAAAUAUUAAAUGUAAAGAAAUAAAAGAAAGUUGGGAUGAAGCCAAAUCGGCUAGAAAAAAUCUUGAAGAAAUGGGCCUAUGCUAUGAUCCUAAUCAAGUAUUAAAAAUUCCUAAUAGAAAAAGAGAAAAAAUUGAAGAGUUGAAAUCCACAAUUUCUGGAGGUUUUGAGGUAUCUGAUGUGGAUCCAACUUCAAAUAUACCAUCCAAAUCCCAUGUCGUUAAAAAACUAGAGGAAGAAGCAAAUGCACCAAGAGCAAGAAAAUUUAGAUUACCGAAAGGACAAGUACAAUGGAUUACGUACCUUAUUGACAAAUAUGGUGAAGAUUACAGCAUGGAACGAGAUCGUAAGAAUUACUAUCAAGAAACAUGGAGACAACUUCGAGCUAAAAUUAAUACAUUUAAGAAAAUCCCUGAACAAUAUUCAGAAUAUUUAAAUAAAAAAGCAAGUAUGUAAAUAUGUUAUGUAUCA